CCCACCACGGGAUCCUCCAAAACCCUCAAGGUCUGAAAAACCGCAAAAUCACCCCAUCAUCAACUUCAAAACCAAAGUCUAAAUGGUCAACAAUUCAAAACGCUGCGAUUACACAGGUGCCACUUACAGUCACGGACAAUAGAAGAAGGGUCAAAGAUGAAGGCAUUGGGAUGGUGGCUGAUGCUGGUGGCUUUUCUUCGGUUAGCCUCCGUAUGGUUCGGCUUCUUCGAUAUUUGGGCUCUUAGACUUGCUGUCUUCUCGAACACCACUAUGACUGAAGUUCAUGGAAGGACAUUUGGGGUCUGGACGCUUUUGACUUGCACUCUUUGCGUUCUUUGUGCUUUUCACCUUGACAACAAGCCAAUAUAUUUGGCAACUUUUUUAUCAUUUGUGUAUGCACUUGGCCAUUUUUUGACUGAAUACUUAAUAUAUCAGACAAUGGCAAUUGCUAAUCUUACAACUGUUGGCAUCUUUGCAGGCACGUCAAUAAUUUGGAUGCUGUUGCAGUGGAAUGCACAUCAGCCAGUCCAUUACAAGAAAUCUUGAAGACGAAAUCCCAAUGGCUUCUUAUUGCAAAUUCAUCCCAUCUUUAGAAUUUUUUUCAAGUGUAUUUUUGUAUCAGAAACCCUUUGGCUGUGGAUUGGAAAUGGUGCCUUUCUGGCCUUUGAGCUUCGGUGCCCAUGUAUUUAGGAUAUUUUCCUCUAAUUUGCAGAAUUGCGUGUGCAAAUCUAAACAUUUUUUGCCCCCAACUAUGAAUGUAUAACCAUAAGCGUACAUUGUGUUUGUAGUGCAAAUCUAAACAUGUUUUAUCUUCAA